AUGGAGGCCACACGCAUUUGUAUGCUGCUCCAAAUUUUGGCGACUCUUCUUUUGGUCGAGGUCUCGGGCUGCUCGCAGGCCUGCCAAGCCUUUGUCGGCCUAAAUGGCUGCUCCGACAAUGGCAGGGUGGAACCGAAACUUCCGCCCCGUGAUAAUACCUGUUGCGGCCCCCACUGCGUUUAUACGGCACCCAAUGCUGGGACUGUUUGCUCCAAUACCGCGACGGACCGCUGUCUCCUUGACACCAGUUGUUCGAACGGACAGCGCUUCAACAUGGAGUGCAUCAGCGAAUGUACCCUCCAAACGAGAAACCAGGGAAGAAUCGCAAACGGUUUGGCACCUUUGCUUAGUUUUAACUUCGAAAAGGACUAUUGCGAAGGACUCAACACCAAGUGUGGCCAAAACUGUUGCUGCCGAGAAACCUGUCCGACACAGUUUUGUAAAUUUUGA